AUGGCUAGAAGAACAGGUGGUUCCCGUCCAACCGUUUCCCGCUCUGCACCAACUCAGAGCAGAUCUGCUCACUCUGCUGCUAUUCCACAGCACCAGGCUCCUCCACACCAGCCAACCGCCUACUCUCAACCAGUUCAACAACAGCCUCAACAGCCAGGUAUGUUUGCACAGAUGGCCUCCACCGCUGCCGGUGUUGCUGUUGGUUCUGCCGUUGGUCACACCAUUGGUGCCGGUAUCACUGGUAUGUUUGGUGGUUCCUCCUCCUCCCAGCAGGUUGACCAACAACAACAACAGGCUGUCCAACAGCAAGCCGUCCAAACCCAGCAGCAGCAAGGUGCUGCUGCCUGUGACGUUGAUGCUAGAAACUUUACCAGAUGUUUGAGCGACAACGACGGCAACAUGCAAAUCUGUGACUACUACUUGCAACAGUUGAAGGCAUGUCAAGAGGCUGCCCGUCAGUACUAAACUGGAUCAGACAUUCAUGCCACGUGAUAUAUUCCUUUAUUAUUAUCAUCACUAACUUAUUGACUCUAUAUCCAACCUUAUAAAUUAUGUAUAUACACAGA